UGUGGGGCAGGAUGGGAUUGCUCACUCGCUUUCCUUCUUUUCCUUCUCCUUAUCGGAUUAUUUUGCAGCAGGACCCACAUAUCCUCCCUCCCUCCCUCACACACACACUGGCUCUCUCUUAGGUUGCUUUUGUUUUUAUUGUAUUACUCUCUUGUGCAACAGGGGGCGGGAGGAACUAAGGGUGGCCUUGAUUUUUCUCUUUAGCAUUUUAAACACACACAGAGUGUUUGGGGUAGAGAGAGAGAGAGAUCUGGUCCUUGGUCCUGUGAGUUGCUACCUCUACAUGCCUGAGCCAGCAGACAAAGCAAGCACGGAUGAAGUUGGUAUGGUUACCCCGGGGCUUGCCGUUUCCUCCUUGGUCAGAGGAAUCACAGAGACUCCCCUGCCCCCUGUCUGCUACUGAGCUGAAAAUCCACCUCUGGGAUUUAACCUGCUGCUCCUGAAUUUCCUCCUCUCCUGUCUGUCUCACUCUGCUUCUUCAUUCCACCUUCCCCCUUCUUCAACACUCCCUGGACCAGAGCUGGAUUCUGAUGGAACUGCCAAGAUGUUCAUGUCCAGAAUCCUGGAUUUUCAGAAGACAAGAUAUGCCAGGUUUAUGAAUCACAGGGUUCCGUCCAACCGGAGAUACCAGCCAACGGAGUAUGAGCACGCAGCGAACUGUGCCACGCAUGCCUUCUGGAUCAUCCCCAGCAUCCUGGGCAGCUCCAUCCUCUACAUCCUCUCAGAUGACCAUUGGGAGACCAUCUCAGCCUGGAUAUAUGGGUUUGGCUUGUCUGGCCUCUUCACUGUCUCCACCAUCUUUCACACCAUCUCCUGGAAGAAGAGACAUCUCAGAACAGUGGAGCACUGCCUGCACAUGUUUGACCGGAUGGUGAUCUACUUCUUCAUAGCAGCAUCUUAUGCUCCCUGGUUGAACCUACGGGAGUUGGGUCCCUGGGCCUCCCACAUGCGCUGGAUCAUUUGGAUCAUGGCAUCUAUCGGAACCAUCUAUGUUUUCUUCUUCCAUGAGCGGUACAAGCUGGUGGAGCUGGUGUGCUACGUUAUCAUGGGAUUCUUCCCUGCCCUGGUGAUCCUUUCGAUGCCGAACCAAGAUGGCCUCUUGGAGCUGAUGGCUGGGGGGCUCUUUUACUGCCUGGGCACGGUGUUCUUCAAGAGCGACGGGCGCAUCCCCUUUGCCCAUGCCAUCUGGCACCUCUUUGUGGCAACCGGAGCGGGCAUCCACUACUAUGCCAUCUGGCGGUACCUCUACCGGCCCAACGCGCUGGAGGCCAAGAUGUCCAGAUAAGAGCCCGAAGGACACGGUACACGCCAAUCGGCACUUGGAGGCAGAUUUCCCAAGGAGCUUGGCUCUGUUUCCUGCCAGAAAGCCAUUGCCAGGGCCCGCUCCCCUGAUGGGAGGGAGUCUCUGGUGUCCGUCUCCAGCCAAUCUCAUGCAGACGGAAGAGCCCAAAAGGUUUAUUUUAAACUGAUUUUAAUCUUGUAUAGGGUUCGGUUGUUAGGCAAAUGUUUCCUAACAAAAUGAACAGUGAAUGGGGUUGUUGGCGGAGCGGACUGACCUGACCAGGGCAAUGCUAAGGCUGUGUUCCCAUGGUCCUGAACAACCUUGAAACUUGCAAAACCCUCAUCCAAAUGGGAGCCCUGAACCAGCAGGGGCCCAGUCUCUGCUGUUCUGGCUGCUGGGCCCUCUGGUGAUGCAUGAAGGUGGAUAGGCGGAAUGGACACUUAACGCCAGUGAACAACACCAGGAUAAGAGCAUAAGGUACCGGUUUGUUUCCAACUCUAAAGAGCCCGAUAGUUAAGGGAACAACUUCUUAAACAAGGCUCCUUGAUUCUGCCCAGAAAGGAGAGCAGGUAGGAGAUGCCAGACCUCACAAGAGUCAACCAUGUCUGUCAUCUGAUGGGGCUCUUUUUUAGGGCUUUUUUUCCCUUAAAGGGAUAGCCCCCCGCUCCCUCUGCCCCCACUGUACAACUAACUUAAGGGAAAGCAGGUUCUUGUAGCAGCAGACGAGCAAGGUGAACCUGAGCUUGGUUUAGCCAGGGGCAGUUAAGAUCACGUUUCCCCGGCCCACAGCGUUCUGAAGGCAGAGAGUGGGGUUGGAAAAAAAGUUCUGGGUUUGGCCAGUCUGUAGCGGCAGGAUAAAAUCUUAGUGUGAUUGGGAUCCCAAGUGUGGAGAUGGGAUGCGAAAGAAAUCAGGGAGGCUACCUCACCCUAGGAUGAGUUACCACUCAUAGGACCAAGUUCAACUCUGGCCCGGGGACCGACUGUCACUGGGGUUGAAUUCCCGUUUUUAAUAGAGCUGCCAGUGUCGCAGUCUGCCAGAGAAGGUGCAGAGCUGGUUGUUCCUAGGCUUCUGAUGGGAGAGUUGUUUCCAUUGAUGUUUUAAAUCUCAUCUCUGUAGAGUGGGGAGGAUUUGCACGCUGUAUCCUGUGCACAGAUCUUCAGCUGUAACCAGGGAAGCCGCUCCCAUCCUAGGGCUUUCAUCACUCUUGUUUCCAUGCAGAGAUUUCGGUGCGUACGUCUAUGCAGCACAAAGAGAACCCGGCCAGCAAGUCUCAGAGCCUGGGUCGACUGCCUGAGGCUCGCGCUGCAGGACUAAACAUAGCAGUGUAGACAUUCAAGUGUGGGCUGGAGCCUGGGCUCUGAGACCCUCCCACCUCACAGGGUUUCAAAGUCCAGACCCAGCUCAAACAUCGACAUUUCUAUUUUUAGCCCUACCUCCCCAGCCCCCAUCGGUUGACUCUGUCCCAGAGACUUGCUGCUGUGGGGUGUUUAGCUGUGUAGAUGUAUCCUUAGUGAUUUCACUCCUUCUGUAGCCUUUAGAAAGGCUCUGUAUACGCAAAGGGGUCUAUUCUUCUCUGCUCUCCUCCUCCUGCUGCUGGGUGAGGUUCCCUCAUCUUGCCACAGACCCUGUAGUUACUAAGGAGGUGUCAAAAUGCGCAUGGUCAGCAUGCCAGAACCAUGGGCUAAGCACCAGCAGUUUCUGUUGACUUCUACUAAGGUUGCAGGUGUGCAGCACUUUGGAAAAUCUGGGUUGUCCAAGGCUUCGGUAGCAGCAAAUAGGGCAGGGGUGAAAGCCAGUACGGGCCGGUAUGGUGUACCAGUAAGUAGCUGGUACCAGCCCGUACGCAGCCCACGUUAAUGUCAUUGCCCCUUUUGCCCACCCCGGGCCACUGACAGGGUGGGGGAAAAGGGCAGCUGCCCCGGGGCCGGCGAUUUAAAAGGGCCACAGGCUCCUGGCC